UGAUACUUUUUAUUUUCCACAAGCAGUAAUGGCGCAACUGGCUGCGACAUUGCUAGCAAGUUGGUAAACUGAAAAAAAAAAACGCAAAUAAAUUAUCGCUCGGAAUUCGCCAGUCUACUUAGCAAACAACAGUAUGCUACUUAAAUAUGAACGCACCGAACUGCUACUCAUCAUUUUAGGAUGUAUUUUAAAGUUUGCGAACUGUGAACUUGACUUGGACCAAGAACCUAUAAGCGAUGAAAACAUCAGUUAUGAAACUCAUGACGACGAUGAAGGUAGAAUCAUCGGCGGAGAGCUGAUAUCAAUCGAUCGUGUGCCAUAUUUAGUCUCGGUGCAGUAUAGCCCCUUCGGGGACUUUUACGCCCACCGAUGCGGCGGUUCCUUGAUUGCACCAAAGUUCGUUUUGACAGCCGCACAUUGCAUGGUGUAUGUUUCUGAACCGAAUCAGUUGAUGAUACGUGCCGGUUCCACGCAUCAGACCACAGGCGGACAAACAAAAACUGUUGUCAACUACACCAUUCAUCCGGAAUACAACUCCAGAAAUUAUAACAAUGAUAUCGCCAUUUUGAAACUGUCCGGUCGUCUGUGGACCAAUCAACCGCAAACUUUUAUUCAAGGAAUAAUAUCCAGGUUUACUUGGUUUAUGACUCCCAAAUCUCCGAGAGUUGCAGACCUGUACUUAGAAGAUGAUAUUCCCGAAAAUGCUAAGUUUUAUACAGCUGGAUGGGGUACAACAGAGCGAGGUGGAUAUGCAGUGGAUACUUUGUUUGGACUAGCGGUACCAUAUGUAGAACAGACAACUUGUAGACAAAUGUAUUCAGUUAGUAAAAUUCGCGACAAUAUGGUGUGUGCUGGGUAUCUUGAAGGCGGAAAGGAUACUUGUCAGGGUGAUUCUGGUGGUCCAUUAAUUUAUCAAAACUGUAUUUUUGGAAUAGUGUCUUGGGGUGAUGGUUGCGCGAAAGCAAAUAAACCAGGAGUGUACGCCAGAGUAAGUUCCUUUAAGGAAUUUAUUAACGGAUACGUUGAUUUCGAAUAAAUGUGUUGGAUGCUGAUUUUCUUUGUGACGUCAUAAGUAUGAUUGUUCUGUUGAUAAAGCAAGCUUUUUUCUUGUUUAUGAGUUCUGAAAAAUGCAAAUAAAUUGCUCUACAUCUGUUAAAA